CUGAAACAAUAAUUCUCUAUUUCAAUUGAUUCCUGGGGAACUCAACACUAGGCUUCAGCCAAAGCAGGCCAUAGCCACGCUAAUUUUACCCCAAGCCUCAGUGAACCGCCCCCGACUCCCCAGUUCUCACUCGUGACCAGUGACAACUUCGUCCUGCAACCCCGUCCCUACUCUGCCAAAACUGUUCCAUCACCACAUUGUGUUCUGGCGCGCCCAUGCCGGCAGUGACAACUGCGCUUCCUCUCCUGUCGAAACUCCGCCCACACGUGGCAGCGCGUGCACCUCAAACUCCCACUCUGUAACCUCCACCUCCAUCACUACCCAACUAGCCCACAGCCAUGGCCUCCCUCCUUCCCCCCAAACCCAAGGCACGCCAGAAUCUGGUCAAGCGCGCCUGCGAUCCUUGCAAGGUCCGCAAGAUCAAAUGCUCUGAGCAUCCGCCGUGCACGGGCUGCAUAGCCGCCGGGAUCGAGUGCACGUUCAAGCGCUCCCCUCUCACGCGAGGACCGCGCACCCUGCGGGCCAGGACCAUUGACAGAAUCGCCAAGGAGUGCAACAGCGUCGCGGACGGCAGCCAGGGCGAUCUCGAAGGACUGCUGGAUAUUUACGCCGAGAGGCUGUUUCCGAUAUGGCCCAUCCUGGACGCGCGAGAGCUGAAGCGCCAAUUGACGGCGGAACCGAGGGACGAAAAUGCACAUCACCUGGCCCAGGCUGUGGCCCUGGCUACCGUCGCGCAACUCAACCUUAGGGCGGCCUGGUCACCGGAUGUCCAGCUCGUCGAGAGGGACGCGCAAAACGUCUCGCUCGAUUUGCUGGAUAGUCUGCGGGUCUCCUUCUACCUUCACAUAUACCACGAGAACCAGCAGGCGGGCGGGAUCAAGAGCCUGCUCUACCUACGGGAGGCCAUCACUAAGGCGCAGAUUCUUCGGAUAGACCGCGAGGCGACGUACGCGCAGCAUCCAGAGCCGAAGCAGCAGUUGCUGAGACGCGUGCUCUGGCUGCUUUUUGUGACUGAGAGAGGCGUCGCUAUGCUGCACAAGCUGCCCGUCGUCCUGCGUCCCAACAUUCUCCGGCCCAAUGUCCUGCUGCCCUGCUUCGCAGAGCACUCUGAGACCUCGGCGCCCGUCCUCCCCGCCUUUCUCAAGCUCGUCCACCUAUUCUGGACAUUCGACCAGUCCGGCAUCUUUGAACUCCUGCGCAACGCCGACGCGGACGUCUCGUCCAUGGAGUCCCUGGCACGCGGGUGUCUAGAGUUACUACAGCAAAAGCUCACAGAGGAGCAGGACGAGGCGACGAGCGGGAACGAUGUGCAGAGGGCCGACAUGCUCGUCACACGACAAUGGAUGCGCGCUGUGCUCUGGCGCGCUGCGUUGCGGUUUGGUGUCGUGGCCCCCGGUCUCCUGAAUCCCAUUGACGUGGCGAGCGAGUUUCUGGGCCUGGUGAGUGCCCUCCCCAUGAGCGCGCUGGAGAGCCAGGGUCCGACCCUCGAGUUCAAGACCUACGAGAUCGCUACAGCGGUGGUGGAUGCUGUAGCGGACAGCCGGCUGUCCUUUACGUUUUCCUCGUCCCUGGAUCGACCCAAGGACGUUCUGGCUGGUCUACACGCCAUCCUGUCAUCGUCACGAGGUGGCAACAAGACAUUGAUCAAUCUGCUGAACGCGCGGAUGGCGGCGUGCUGUCCUGACUUGAAGCUCUUCCAGAACCCGAGCCCGCCCCGUCUGAUGGGUCAGGACGCUUGGGAUUUUCUCGAGGGGCAGGGCAUGACCAGUGGCUUUGAGGGUGAGGAGUUGGCGUGGCCGCCGCUGGAUCUUGGGAAUCUGCUCAGGAGCCCGAGUCCCUUGACAAGGAUGCUCUUGGAGCAGCCGCGGGCGAUUGGCCUCCGGUCUCCAAUUGCGAUGGGUUUAUUUCGCGUGCCGUGGAUUGCCAUAAAAUUGUUCUUCUCCUCCCCGAAUCUUGACUCUUCAGUCUUCCCCCUUCACCCCUUUCCACUGCCCUCCCACAGCCUCACAAUGGCCUUCCCCGAGCCCCGCAACACGGGCAUGCUGUACCGCCCUCUAGGCAAGUCCGGUCUCUACGUGUCCGCCAUCUCGCUCGGCGGGUGGAUGACCUACGGCGGCUACGCAGCGGACGAGACCGCCUUUGACUGCAUGAAGAAGGCGUACGACCUGGGCAUCAACUUUUUCGACAAUGCCGAGAACUACGCGGCCGGCCAGAGCGAGAUUGUCAUGGGCAAGGCCAUCAAGCACUUUGGCUGGAAGCGCAGCGACCUAGUCAUCAGCACAAAGGUCAACUGGGGCGCCGUGAAUGGUGAGAUCCUCAUCAACAACCACGGCCUCUCGCGCAAACACAUCAUCGAGGGCCUCACAUCCUCCCUCGAGCGCCUGCAGCUCCCCUACGUCGACAUUGUCUACGCGCACCGCCCCGACCGCCUCGUACCCAUGGAGGAGACGGUGCGCGCAUUCAACUACGUCAUCAACGCAGGCAUGGCCUUCUACUGGGGCACGAGCGAGUGGUCGGCCGACGAGAUCCAGGAGGCGGUCGGCAUCGCGAAGCAGCUGGGCCUCAUCGCCCCGAUCGUAGAGCAGCCGCAGUACAACAUGCUCGUCAGAGACAAGGUGGAGGGCCAGUUCCAGCGGUUGUACAGCCGCAUGGGUCUGGGGCUGACCACCUUUAGCCCCAUCAAGAUGGGUGUGCUGUCGGGCAAGUACAAUGACGUGGUGGACGGCCAGCCGCCCAAGGAUUCGCGCUUUGGUGCCUCGUCGGAGCGUUUCGCGGCCAUGAUGCGGGAGCGCAUGGGGAGUGCGACGGACGACUCAUGGAAGAGGGAGAUUGAGAUUGUCAAGAAGCUCAAGCCCAUUGCUGACAAGCUGGGCGUCACGCAGAGCCAGCUGGCGCUGGCGUGGUGUCUCAAGAACCCCAACGUCAGCAGCGUCAUUACCGGCGCGAGCAGACCGGAGCAGCUGGAGGAGAAUGUCAAGGCGCUCACGGUGCUGGACAAGCUGACGCCCGAGGUGAUGGAGGAGAUUGAUGUGAUUACAGGGAACAAGGUCACUCUGGACCCUGCGCGACAGGACUAAUGAGGGGUGGCUAGGACGCCAGAAUUGAAUAUAUAAACCAUAAUAGAGACUUUGUAUCUU